AUUGAGGGGGUUAUGUGAAGGCUCUAGAGGGUUCUAAAGGGGUUUUAGUUAUUAUUGAUGGUUUUUAUUGAGCAAUAUCGAGAUGAAAUUAAGAAUUCACUUAAGAACUUUGUUUUAAGAUGUUCUUAAGGCUCAAACAUCAAGUUUCAAAAAUCAAAAGAAGAGGAAAAAUUUAUUGACUAAACUAAUCUUCAAAAUUUCAAGAAAGAAAUGAUAGGAAAUUGUUCACUCUGCACAAAAGAUAUAGAACACCAUGAUGUCUUCGCCAUCGACACAUGUGGUACCUUGGUUCACCAGAUCUGUAUCUCCAAAUACAUUAAAAAUAAGAUCGACCAGGAAGAAGUUCCUAUUUUCUGUCCAAAUGAAGGAUGCAAAUGUGAAAUAUCUAUUGAAGAUAUCAACCAACUUUGAAAUGAGACUUAUAUCAGAAAAUUCUUCAUGAUGGAUCCAAACUAUACCCUUACUUUAAAGAAGUGUCCUGAUGCAGGUUGUAAUUACAUUCUUAGCCCAGCUGAAGUAGACCAAGAAGGGUACUUCAAAUGUCCAGAGUGUUUACAAGAGUAUUGAUUCUCAUGUAGCACUGCUUGGCAUAAAGGAAUAACUUGUUGGCAAAAUACCCAAAUGGAAAAGCUGCUCUCAAGAAGUAAGAACAAGCCUAAAGGGCCUAAAAAUAAUCUACAAAACAAGAAAAGGAAGUGUCCAGGUUGCUCUAAACUUCUGUUGAAAGAGCCUGGCUGCAACAUAAUGACUUGCUGCUGCUCUACCAGAUUAUGUUACCUCUGUGGAGUAGAGCUAAACAUUGAGAACAAAUGCGAAUGUCCAUCGAUGCAUGCUUUAUUUCAUCCAAAAAUCUUCCCUUCUAAAUCAGUAGUGAAGACGAAGGAGUUUAAAAUGGAACUGCCUGAUAUCCAGAACCGAAGUGAAGCUACAUAUGUCGUCAAAUCCCACCCAAAAUAUAGAAAGAGCUACAUCGGAUUUCUCUCAGCAAAGCAAGGAGCAAGAAGAUAUUAAGAAUUGUAUUUCCAUUAGCUUUGUUGGUGUCAGAAAAGUGUUCGAAUUCAACUAAAAUUUAUC